GAUCCUCAUGCAUCAUGGCCACCACCACUGCUACCCUUCCACCGACGCUUGUGGCGCCGGACAAUUCCCAGGAACUGGCAUUCGAGCCUUUUGCUCUCCCGGCCACCAACCAGCGUGAGCUCGGCGCCCCGCACCCUCCUGGAACCGUAACGCCGCUCGCGCUCCGUCCUUCGGCGCCGACGACGCUCGACGAGGCUGUGGCGCACAUCCGCUCCCUCCAAACCAACAACACGCUCACCUCGCUGCUGGCGACGCACGGCGCGCUCCUGUUCCGCGGCCUGCCGAUCAAGAACGCGCACGACUUCUCCGCGUUCGCACACGCCUUUGGCUUCGCGCCGCACGAGAUUGUCGGCAUCGUCGUCGAGCGCGGCCUCCUCGCGCCCAACGUGGCGCCAGCCAACGAGAGCCCGCCCCAUGUCACAAUCUACAACCACAACGAAAGCCCGCAGGUGCCGCAUGCGCCCGGAUACAUCUUUUUUUACGGGCACCGCGCGCCUGCCGAGGGCGGCGAGACGCCCAUCUCCUCCAGCGCCGAGCUGUAUGUGCGUGCGCGCGCCGAGGUUCCGCAGCUCGUGGACGAUCUCGAGCGCCUGGGCGUCCUCUCGACGGUGCGGUACCGCCCCGAGGCACAGUACCAGGGCGGGAGCACGCUGCGCGAGGCAUUCGGCAAGGAGUGGGCCGACGGCGACAGCGACGAGGUCAAGCGCCAGAAGGUCGAAGACCAGAUCCGGCGCUACGGCCGCGACGGGCACACGACGUGGACGUGGGCCGAGGACGGCGGGCUUGAGGUUCGCCACGUGAUCCCCGUGCUGCGCCGGCAGGUCGGCACCAACCUCCCCGUCCUCUUUACGCAGCUCGCGAGCGUCUAUGUACGCACGCUGGCUGGUGAGGCCACCAGCCGCAUCACCACCGUCUCCUAUGGCGACGGCACACCCAUCCCCGCUGAGUACCUCGCCAAGCUAAAGGAGAUCACGGACGACAUCCGCGUCCUCCACCGCUGGCGGGAGGGCGAUGUGCUUGUCUACGACAAUGUGCUCGCGCAGCACGGGCGCGAGCCCUGGAAGGGCGAGCAGGCGGAUCGCGUCGUGCUCGCCAGUCUGUUCGAUGGCGCGAUUCCGGGCCCGUACGGCGACAAGCCUUGGGAGCAGUUAGUGGCGCUGCGCGAUUAGUUGUACAUGCGGAAUUUGUAGGGAGAGGGAACAGUUGUGUG